CUCUUCCCCUUCGGUGAGUCUCCGUCCGCCCGCAGCAGUCUCCUUCCCGGCGAGCUUUCACUUCAGAGAUGGCUGCGAAAGUGUGCAGAUCAGUCCUGCUCUUGUCCCGGAGCGGCGGAGCGACGGCCGGCAGCCUCCCGGCACUCGUCGCCCCUUCUCAGCGGCACCAGCAGCACGUAAGAUCGCAGGAAGUAUUGUCUGCUCCGUUCACUCGCCAGACUGUCAGGAGAGCACAUGGCCUCCGGUCAGCAGCCCACUCCACAAUCUUCAGUCAGCCUCCCACUGCUCUGUCACCACAGGUUUGGAGGGGCUCCCCAUCAUGGCAUAGCAAGAGAAUGUUGUGUUCCCCUGCUGCUUCCGAGGAGGUGACAGUGGUGUAUCAGAAUGGCCUGCCAGUCAUCUCAGUCAGUUUGCCGUCCAGACGAGAACGCUGUCAGUUCACUCUCAAGCCCCUCAGUGACUGCGUGGGAGUUUUCCUCCAACAACUCCAAGCAGAGGACAGAGGCAUCGAUCGGGUAGCCAUUUACUCCACAGAUGGAGCCAGGGUUGCCUCCUCCACAGGCAUAGACAUCCUCUUAUUGGAUGAUUUCAAGCUCGUCAUCAACGACACCACACAUCUUGUGAGGCCACCGAGAAGAGAGUUGCUGCCUCAUGAGGAGACAGAAAGGCUGAAUGACGUGAAGUUCCUGGUGCAGCAGCUCUACACCACCCUGCGCAUUGAGGAGCACCAACUCUGCAAAGAGCGUGAGCUGAUUGGACGACUCGAAGACCUCAACUCUCAGCUCCGCCCCCUUGAGAAGGUGAAGCAGGAACUGAGUAGGAAGGCGGAGCGCCGCACCACUUGGGUGCUGUGGGGCGGCAUGGCGUACAUGGCCACCCAGUUCGGCAUCCUGGCCAGACUGACUUGGUGGGAGUACUCUUGGGAUAUCAUGGAGCCUGUCACCUACUUCAUCACAUACGGCACAGCCAUGGCCAUGUAUGCCUAUUUUGUGCUCACACGCCAGGAGUACGUGUACCCUGAUGCCAGAGAUCGACAGUUUCUGCUCUUCCUCCACAAGGGAGUGAAAAGGACACGCUUUGACAUAGAGAAGUACAACAAGCUGAAAGAUGACAUCGCUGAGGUGGAAUUGGAUCUGAAGCGUCUUAGGGACCCACUCCAGCUUCAGCUCCCAGUACAACAGCUCAAUACUGGUAAAGAUUGAUGGGAAGAGUAACGUCCCUCCUCUCCCAGCGUUUCCUUUUCUAUCCCUAUCAAACACCACACAUCUCCCCUUCCCUGCCUUAUAUUCAACCUACCCACCCCCAUAUUUCUCCUGCAUCCCCCUUUUCAAGCUGGGAGUUUCUGCUCUUUCUUGCCCUCUUUUUACUACCCUGGCUGAACCAACUGCAAUGGAAAAUUACAAGAGGGUUGGUGAGCUGAAAAAACUCCCUGUGAUGAUGAUGAUGGACAGCCUGCAGUGAACCUGAGGGGCAAACAGGAAAUGCUACCUUGACCCUCCAGGAGAGAGCAUAUGCAAAGGGGAUGCCGUUGCGACGUGUGUGUGUGUGUGUGUGUGUGUGUGUGUCUGUGUGUGUGUGACAUGAAGGCAACACCAACCUUUGCCAUUCAGCGAGUUAAUACACACACACACACACACUUGCUGGGAGCAGAUUCUGUGGAGCGUCUAUCCCACACGUUAAAGUUUACAAGCAAAUCUUGGCCCCUCCUGGCUACGGCUUAAAGAGACGUCAUCUUCCUGUGGCUGAACUCUGCUGCCUCUCCACACUUUGGCCACGCCUCCUCUCCAGGUUGACAGACAUCUGUCCUUUCUCACGUGACCUUUUGACAGGAGUCUGCCUCGCAAACCCAUUUCUUCUUCCUGUGGCAGCCCAGCCUGGGCAAGUAUGCGAGUACUACCGACAACAACAUCACUGUGUGUUCUUUUAUUCCAAAAAAAAAUAUUUUGGCACUUUUUAUUUUGAAAGCCAUAAUAUAUUUGUUAUGAAGUAAAUAUAAAUCUAUAUGUAUACAAUCAAAUAAACCGAUGACCAGAAGCUAGUUGUUUUCCAGUGGGGGGAGGAGCUUGUUUUAAAGUGUCACUGUAUCGCUGAAGGAUCCAUCAUGUUGUCAUGUACUAUCUACCAAAUGCGUUAAAUACAUAAUAUUCUUUGAAGCAGCGUUACAGUAUGUUCCACAAUAGCAACAUUUCAAUUUGCCUGGACCCAAAAUGUGGGAAUCCCUCAAAAAAUAAAUUUUUGGUUGGAUGGCCUCUCAAAAAUCAUCAUUCAGAAGUGGGAUUUCUCCCCCCACUGUCAUUGUAUUGCCUCCCUGCUCCCGCCAUGGCAGGGCAGGCUAGACUGCAUGCUGUGGUUGUAUGCCCUCAGUAGAAAUGUGUGACUAUGUAGGAACGUUAAGAGACAUUUUCUACUCAAUUGGACACUUUUCCAUGCCUUGUAUAGCUUGUAGUAUGGGACAAUCCCAUCCCCUGAUUGGUUAUAGGAGCCAUAUGUUUAUCGUGUCUAUUUAGAACACGUUUUUCAUGUGGUUUUUCUCUGAGUGAGGAUUGGUGGCCCUCUCUGACUCUUUUGCCUCCACAAAAUAUAAAGGAGUAUUAGGGCCACACUGAAAAGCAGAACUAACAUUGAUCUGCAAGACUGAAGUCAUAGGUUAACGACGGUAAAGUUGUUUUGCAGCAAAAAAGUGUUUAUAUUAUGAAGAAAAAUGGAAUUUUACAUGAAUAAAUUGUUGUAAUGGGAGAAAAUAGUCAUAAUUUUCCAAGAAUGUCACAAUAUUACGACAAAUUUGGUUUGAGGGGGAAAAAAAUUCAGAAGAAAGUUAUACUUUAAGAACAAUUUUACAAGAAUAAAUUGUAAUAUGAGCAAAAAUGAUUUACAAGAAUGUCAUGAUAUUACAAAAUAUAGGUUUAUGAUAAAAAAAAGUAGUAAUAUUUCUGACAGCCAUACUGUAUGCACAAAUGAAGUAAUUUUGCUGGAAAAAAUACAAGGAAAUAGUCAUUUUAUGAGAAUAAAUUAUAAUAUGAGGAAAAGGUCAAACCUUUUGCCUAACCAAUAGAUUAAAAACAUUAUUAAACUAUUAGGAUUAAUAUAAAAUAUAAAGUUACUUGGAUAAAUAUAAGGGAAAUAGAGUUGACGAGAAUGGAGGCAGGGUUAUAAAAUGAAAAUUGAGGAUCUUAAAACACAUACGAUAGAUUAUAAAAGUCUUCAUGGCAGGUCUGUUGCAUUUAGGUUUGUGUGGUGUUAUGUAUUAUGGUGUUUUUCCUCAUAAUAUUACACUUUAUUUGCAUAAUUUAACUUCUUCCCCGCCCCAAAAUGUUUCAAUUUUUCUUCUCUGUGUGUCCUCAAUACUCCUUUGUACAAAAAGGUCUAAACACAUUCUUUUGGGUGUGUGUGUGUGUGUGUGUGUGUGUGUGUGUGUGUGUGUGUGUGUGUGUGUGUGUGUGUGUGUGUGUGUGUUCACCCCUGCGGAGUGGGCAUGCAGUGACAUGUGGUCU